AUGGAGCGACUCAACAACCGUACGCUGCGCGCGGAUCAUCGAAAAUACAAGCAGUUUGUAGCAUGUCGGAUUGGAGAAUUGCUGACGGUAUCUAAUGUUCGCGAGUGGCAAUGGGUGCCAUCUAAACACAAUCCAGCGGAUAUGGCAACCAAGUGGGGAAAAGGUCCCUGUCAAGAUGUGACCGGCGCUUGGUUCAUGGGCCCGGAGUUCCUGAAAUAUCCACCAUCCGAGUGGCCUCGGCAAAAGUCAACGACACUGGCUACGGAAGAAGAGCUACGGCCGUGCCACGUGCACCAUCAUGUUUCCGUGCCAGAAAUGGUGUUCAAUUUGAAUCGAUUCUCUCGUCUGUCCAGGGCAAUCAACGCAGCCGCGUACGUUCAUCGCUAUGUCGACAACUGUAAGCGAACUGCAAUCGGAAAAGCGCCGAACAAAGGAUAUUUGAAAUCGGAGGAGCUGCAAAAAGGACAAAAGACACUGAUACGUUUGACGCAAUGGGAGGCGUUCCCAGAUGAAAUGGUGCUUCUGACGCGGAAUCAGCAGAGUUCAUCAGAUCAACCGUUACAACUCGAGAAAUCGAGUAGCCUGUACAGACUGUCGCCCAUGCUGGAUGAGUUCGGUAUCCUGAGAAUGGAUGGACGCAUCGUAGCUGCUCCAAACGUGGCCGAUAGCACCAAGCAUCCAGUUAUACUACCCGGAAAACAUAGGUACACCUACCUUGUGCUAGAUGAUUAUCAUAGGAAAUUUCGUCACUGUAACCAGGAAACGGUGGUAAAUGAGGUGCGCCAGCAGUACUACGUGCCGCGACUCAGAGUUGCCGUGAAGCAGAUCAUGAAAACCUGCCAGUGGUGUAAGAUAUAUAAAGCAGAACCAAGGAUUCCCCGGAUGGCCCCUCUACCAGCAGCUCGACUUGCGUCGUUUGAAAGACCGUUUACGCACACCGGUUUAGAUCUGUUCGGACCAGUGUUGGUGAAGAUUGGCAGAAGCCGUGUGAAACGUUGGGUUGCAGUCUUCACGUGCCUCACUGUGCGGGCUGUCCAUGUGGAAGUCGUCCAUAGUCUCAGCACCAGUUCCUGUGUCAAGGCCAUACGCCGCUUCGUUGUCCGUCGGGGAUCACCAGCGACGAUCUACUCCGAUAACGGAAACAAUUUCCGUGGAGCAAAUCGACUGCUACAGGAGCAGAUUGAGCAGCUAGCAGCCACGUUUACCAGUACCACGACGAAGUGGGUAUUCAUCCCUCCUGGGACUCUCCAUAUGGGAGGCGCCUGGGAGCGCAUGGUACGCUCCAUCAAAACAGCGAUGGACGUUACCUUUAAGAGUCACAGCAAGUUGGACGACGAGGCGCUAGCAACCCUAGUUGUGGAGGCGGAAGGACUGGUGAACUUUCGUCCGCUAACGUAUCUACCCAUCGCGUCCGAGGAGAGUGAAGCGUUGACGCCGAACCACUUCCUACUGGGCAGUUCAAGUGGAGUUCGCCAGCCAGCAGCAGAAUCGAAAGACACCGCUGCCGCACUAGGAACAUCCUGGGAACAGAUACAGCUUCAUCUGGAUACCUUCUGGAGACGAUGGGUGCGAGAGUACCUGCCCACUUUGACUAAACGUACGAAAUGGUUUGCAGACGUGAAACCAGUAGCUGAAGGCGAUCUGGUACUAAUUGUGGAUGAGUCCACCCGAAACAACUGGGAACGCGGGCGGAUUCUCGAAGUCAUCAGAGGAAACGACGGGAAGAUUCGUCAGGCUAUUGUACAAACUGCGAGGGGGUUGGUUCGUCGGGCCGUGGCUAAAUUGGCUGUCCUAGAAGUAACAGAUGGAGGUAAAACUGAGCCUCAGGGUCAGUGUUACGGGGGGGAGGAUGUUGGUUCUGGCCGCACUGUCGCGACCGCACCCAUACAACUGUCGUUGGGUAAAUGCGCGACCUGA